CACAGGUGCUAAAGGCACACUUCCUACGUCAAAACCAUAGACAACCUAUUAUGUUGCAAUACAGAGAACAUAAAACAGAAAGUGUGAAUCAUUAGUAGGACAUACGAUAUUAAUCAACAAAGCGAAUAAUUAUUUUGAUAAGUAAAAUGCCUUUAGAAUGGCUUUUUGGAAAACGUUUGACACCAGAGGAGUUAUUGCGUAGAAACCAGCGUGCAUUGAACAAGGCUAUGAGAGAUUUGGAUCGAGAAAGAGCACGCAUGGAACAACAAGAAAAGAAGAUCAUUACAGAUAUAAAGAAAAUGGCUAAAGAAGGACAAAUGGAUGCUGUAAAAAUAAUGGCCAAGGACCUUGUAAGAACACGUCGAUAUGUUAAGAAAUUUAUGCUUAUGAAAGCCAAUAUUCAAGCAGUUUCUCUUAAAAUACAGACCCUCCGGUCACAAAAUGCAAUGGCACAAGCAAUGAAAGGUGUAACAAAAGCUAUGCAGAAUAUGAACAGGCAGUUGAACUUACCUCAGAUUCAAAGAAUUCUCCAAGAAUUUGAAAAACAGUCAGAGAUAAUGGACAUGAAAGAAGAAAUGAUGAAUGAUGCCAUUGAUGAUGCAAUGGAAGAUGAAGGUGAUGAAGAAGAAAGUGAUGCUGUUGUGUCACAAGUACUAGAUGAACUUGGUCUUCAGCUCACAGACCAGUUGUCUGGCUUGCCACAAGCUGCUGGAUCACUGGCAGCAAGUGGAGCAAAAGCACCAGCCAUAGCUGCAGCAAACGGAGGAGUUGGUGCAGGAGCAAUCAACGAUGCAGAUGCAGACCUCCAGGCCCGCCUUGACAACCUACGGAGGGAGUAGGACCAACAGGGUUCCCUACUAAUGGACAUCUCACUGGUUCCUUUGUUCAGUCCCAUGGAUGCAAAAGUAACAGAAUUUUUCAUUGAUGUAAACCAGUUUUGACAAAAAUCUUCAGUAUUAAAUUGGUUGAAAACAGGUUCAAUAUUUAAAAACAUAAUUGAAAAAUAUGGAGUUGCUAGGAGCUACAGGCACAGACUUUCUUAUUAAACUUUUACCACAGAUAUUUAUGUUUGUUCUCUCAUGUUUAAUAUUGUUUGAACUGCUAUUCUCAUUAUACCCCAAACAACCUGAAAUGUUUCCCUUCUCUUGCUUAAAAUAUUUCAACCAACUACAUGGAGUCAAGUCCUUGAGAAGCUGGAAAUUGCUCAUUAGGCUGUCAAUAAAUUCCACACUUCUUAUGGAACCAAAAGGUUCAUUAUCGGGUUCAUAGGAGCCUGCCAUCAAUCACUGUCCUACCCGAGUCUGAUCACAUUUUCAUACGCAGGUUCCCUAAGAUCCAGCUUAAUAUUAUCUCAUCAUUGCCUUGGUCUUUACAAUAUUCCAGGGAAAUGCGAUUAUACAGAGGAAAAUUAGUUGCUCCUGUAAAGUCACUAUUUUCAUAGGUUUCCUUUUUAGAUAUUGUAAUGAAGGCUUGAUAACAGGGAGGACUGAACUACUGCAUGUGCUCAAAUUAUCAUCAGGUUUUCUUCAUUCACUUUACAAUUCAAAGUAUCUGCCACAGAUGACCCAUCAAUUUUGUUUAGCUUAUAAAUUAUUUCAAAAUAUCCACCAUAUAAUGGUAACAAUGUAAUUAUUCUUUCUUUGCAAACCAGUGAUAGAAGACGAUUUGCAUGCAUGUCUUAUAUUACACUUCAGAAUAGUGGGCAACCAUAUUUACUGUUACAAUUGACUGUGGUAAUUUUACCCAGUUUCAGUAUGGCUGAAUCCGAAACCACUAUUGGACAAUCCUGCAUUCAUCUCAUCAAACCUCAAAGAGGCCACUUUCUUUCCACCAAAAUUCCAUAUGCAUUCAUAACAUCUCAUUUUUCUGAAAACUUUCUCAUUUAACAGAAUUUUGAGUGGAACAAGACUGUUUUUGUAACCAACGGUUAAUCUACAAUACUUUGUUCCCAAGGAGAAACAUUUUGUAUCUUUUUAAGUGCAAAUGUUCUCAUCUCCUACUGUACAUUGUAAGGACUUCAGUUCACUAUGGGCCUCAAUAUUGCCAUCAUGGAUCAGGAAGUAUUUUCCAAUCAGAGCCUUAAGCUCUGAAUUGGGUUGCUUCUCGACACAAAGCUAAUAAUGAUGUUGAUAUUAUAUAUGAAAAUUUGUUAGACAAAUAGCAAAAGUAAAUAAUUAUUCAUAAUUAGUUAAUGUAUGAAAGAUUACAACUGUUAUCUAGCAAUAACUAGAUACUGUUUAAAUAAUAAGUUCUUUUGCAACAUAAUGGAAUAUGGACAACACUAUAGUGUGUGGAUUGUAAACCUUUAUUUUAUGGUAAUAAUAAUCUGUGGCGUAACGGUCCUCUGAGAGCCAAAGCCGACUAGCUGCCUGCUGGCCUCACGUUCACAUGCCUAAACAGAGAAUUUAGCUUCAUAUACUUCAUAUUAUGGGUAUGUGUGAUGUUAGUUCAUCUUCAAUGUCCAGAACUAACUUUUAUUAAAAGUCAUAAAGUUGUGGGCAGUUUGGUUUUACCGUAACAAGAAUCUGCAAACAUUAACAUAUAAAAUGUUCUGUUGUGGAAUGGAUUUAUUAAAUAAGAGUAAUUUAACCUGUCUUUACAUUUAAUUGUGAAACAGUAUAUUUCACACCUUUAUUUUGUAAUAUAUGAACCUAUAAAACAGUGUAGAAUAAAGCUAUAAUAUAUAUACUUGGACAUUUA